AUGACUAAGGAACAAUUGCAAAAAGAACUAAAAGAGAAAAUAAAACCAGGCAUCAAAGCCAGUGAUUUAAAAAAACUCAAAAGAAGCAAAAGUGCUGAUGAUAUUUCGACUUCACCUACUUCUAAUAUCCCCCUCAAAAAAUCUCACUCCCAUCUAGAAAUCCCUUUACCUACUCAGCCUAGUCUCAGCCAACAAGUAAAACAAUUAAAACAAAACUUACUUUUUACUCAGAAUACGGCUGAUAAUUAUUUACAGAGUUUACAAGUAGCUCAAGCCAAAAUUCUCCAAUUACGUUUCGAUAAAAUUAAAGAAUUUGGCGAUUAUUACCAAAAAAAACAAGAUUUAGAAACGGAAUUAGAAGAAAAUAUUAAUGAAGGAAUUAGUGAAAUUCAGAGAUUAGAAAACAAAUUACUGGUUACUAAUAAGAAAAAGCUAGAAUUAGCCCACAAACUCAGUCAAGUUCAAGGCAAAAAUGCCCAAUUAGAAUUACAAAUGAUUAACAAUCACGAACCCAGCACUUUCAACUAUUGA